AUGGGAUUCUCUGUGCCCGAAGGAGAUGUUCAUCAUAGUCCGUCAGCAGAGCUAGCAAAUGUAAACGCAGCAGAAGUUGCUGGAUCCCUGGCCCCAGCAGCCGACGGGGCGCCUCCUGUCGUUGAGGUCGUUCCUGUCGAAGUGGGCAUAGCUCCAGAGACGAACCGAGCUUUGGGACUUUUCCGAGGCUCACAGAGGCGGCACGUUUUCCUGCCCCUAUGCCUUCUGGGUCCCAUUCAGAAUAUAGAAGGCAAAGAUGUGUUUAAGGGAACGGCCGCUCCUGCGGGCGAAUCUUGGGAUGGCCACGGGAUGCUGAGUACACAGAAACCCUUGGAAUCGCAGGAAGCCACUCUGCCAUAUCGAUAUGCAUUCGGCAGUCCUUCUCCACAGUCCCUUCUGGAGGAGUUAAAGAAAGCCGUUUGUAAGGCACUUAAGCUGGGUGAAAACUUCUGCGGUGGACUUCCCCUGCAACUAGUGGCCCAGGUUUCUGCGCCGAAGACAAAGUGCCGCACUGCACUGCAGUCAGACAGCCUAGCAGCGAGUCAUCUCCCCACAGGUGAUGGGCUAGAGUCACCAGAUAGGCCUCUGCCUGCGUGGCAUUCGUUGGUAUCGGAGGAAGAAGCCCUAAGGAUUCUCAGGGAGCAUUACGGGCCUCUCCUUGCCCAGUACAGACGGCUGUCCCACUCUCAAGCCUGCCUCCCCCCCAACAGAAACAGCAGUGUUAGCCAGAGCACCGACCAGAAGGAUGACUUUAAGGGGAAUUCUAUUCUGCGCAUCUUGCGCCUCCCUAGGGGACCACGGCUGUCGCUACUGUUGCAGCUGGAGCCCCCACUGCCUACGAUUCCGUUUUCCACAUCUGAUGCAAUGAAUGACCUACCGAGUCCUCCACCCUUAGGUGCGGCAAAGAAAAGUGAGGUCGGCAAAGGUAGUACCCCAGCAGUCCCCUCGCCGUACCAGCUGGUGUCUCUCUACAAGUUCUUCCCAGUGAGUUCACCAAACGCACUAACUGAGCUGCUGAGGGCUCUGUGGGGCCCUAAAGGUGUGCUCGGGCGGGCGUAUGUGGCAAAGGAGGGACUCAACGCCCAACUCGCUGUGCCGUCUGUGGCGAUGUCUGAUUUGCUUGGGGAGCUGCACCAGAUUCCCGGGCUGGAAGACGGUAUGCAGGUAACCCUCGAUUGCCUCGUCACCUUUGAAGAGUACUGGAACUCCCCACCUUUCGAUGCACUCCAUAUCCGGCCACGGCAUCAGGUACUUAGGGAUGGCUUCGCCUCCCCCUUAAACUGGGCAGACUGCGGAGAAGAAGUGGAUCCCAGUGUAUGGCAUAACAAGCUCACUGAAAUGCUGCAGCAACAACAGCGGCAACAACAGCCUAUACGAAAAAUGGUACUGCUCGACAUGCGGAACGCAGAUGAAUACGCAGUAGGCCACUUUAAGGGGGCCAAGUGUAUAGACACCCCAACCUUCGCGGACUCAUUCCGUCCUGGGGGUCCGCUGGAGGAGGCCCUUCUACGGGCAGGAAUUCAGCUGCCCUCCCGGAAUGCAACUUCUCCUUCACCUAGCACCACCUGCAUUGGCGAAGAUGUAGAGGUCCUCAUGUACUGCACAGGUGGAAUCCGCUGUGUCAAGGCUGGGGCGUUCCUUAAGCAAGUCCUUGGUUUCCCGCGGGUCACACGCCUCAAGGGAGGUAUCCUGGCGUACAAAAACUACAUUCAGAGCCUAAGGGGAGCAUGCCUUGAAUGCACAGGGCGCGCCUCCUCUGAUUCAGACGAAAAGGAGCCGUCGAUCGGCGUGUGUGACUCAAGGAGAGAUGACGUAGUCACAUGCGACACCGGCGUGCAAGCAAAGGAGCAGCAGACGGCUGCCGAUCGGACUGGUGCUGAAGCGGCAGAUGUGCAUGCGUUUAGCCACAGGAGCUUGUUUGUGGGGAGCAAUUAUGUCUUUGACCAUCGAAUGUGCCAGCAGAUAACUCCGGACCUGCUUGCACAGUGCAUUCUUUGUGGAGGGCCCUCAGGGCGCUUGUCAAACUGCAGCAACAGGCAAUGCGGGAGACGAGUCGUGCUAUGUUCUGGCUGUUGUGCCUCUCUCGGGGUUUAUUGUUCAUCUACCUGUGCGCAGCAGGGGGCGGAGGACCGUCAGAGAGACGCGCAAGCCAAGAUGCAGAGGCGUAUGCAGGCCCAAUACACGCACAAGAGGCUGCUAAAGCAACGGGGACUGUGGGCUAUCCGGGCUCAGCAGCUUCUGGCUGCUCUCAAGCACAACGCUGCGUCUGAAUCACCAGUUGAAAGCCCUCCUUCUUUGCGGAACUCCGAAAUGGAUAAGGCCUCCCUGGACGAAAGCCGUGCUGUUGCUGAGAAAACCACCACUGCGGACUUGUGGAACUGGGCACAUCACGUGGCGGCUGCUGCGUCCUCCCCCUCAGCAGUGCAAGAGGCCCUAUUGGAAGAAGGACGUAACACGGCGAAGAGCUUUGUUGGGGCGGCGAAGGGGGUCCGACAGUUCUGGUCGGGGCAACUGCACUCGCGCAUUCUCUCUGCUAUCAGCAGACUAAAGAGGCCACGCUCAAUCCUUGAGAUUGGAGCCUUUGUCGGCAUCUCCUCACUAGCCCUAGCUGAGGGUCUGGCAUGCGAGGAAAUUGUUCCCGGUGAGUGUGUUGGCCUUGUUUCUAUUGAGAAGGACCCGCGAGCAGCAGAAGCAGCUCGUCGCCUCGUAAACUCAUCCCCUUGGGCUCAUUUAAUUAAGGUGGUAGAGGCUGACGCUCUGCAGUGGAUCCGGUCUCAGCUCACAGCGACAAGGAAUAUCUCGUCUGGGACAGUGGACUCCGAAGGGGCCCGACUGGGUACCGCACCUUUGCAAGGUAGCACACUUCCCGAUCGAGGCUUUGACCUGAUAUAUCUUGACGCUGAGAAAAAGAAGUAUGCCGAGUACGUUGAAACUAUUUUAGACCCCCAGAGACCCCUACUUGCGCCUGAUGGGGCUCUUCUUAUAGAUAAUACUCUGUGGAGUACGGGGCAUGAUGGAACGAGGCCCUUGUGGUGGGAAGACAGUGUCGCAGAAGAAGACCCCCCUCGGGCCAAGAGAUAUGCAAGGAUUGCGGAGUCCAUCAAGGCCCUGCGCGAGACUUUGCGCAACGACACGCGGAUAUCUCACGUGUUGCUGCCGGUGGGCGACGGUCUCUCCAUCGUGACGUGGGCUACCCCAGCGUCACAUGGUUUGCCGUAA